AAUCAGAGAGCUCCAUGGGACGUUAUUCUGCUGCUCGUCGGGCCUUUAUAAACUUUGUGUACCUUAACCGACGGAAGUUAUUUUCAGCUUCUUCGUCUUCAACAGUAAAGGAUAUACUUAGGAAGCAACAAUGCUGCCUCUCGCCGUGUUGGCAGUGUGCCUGAGUGCAGCCCUCUCAGCCCCGAGCCUGGACCCCCAGCUGGACCAGCACUGGGAGCAGUGGAAGAACUGGCACACAAAAACUUAUCAUGAGAAGGAGGAGGGCUGGAGGAGGAUGGUGUGGGAGAAGAACCUGAAGAAGAUCGAGCUGCACAACCUGGAGCACUCCAUGGGCAAGCACCCCUACCGUCUGGGCAUGAACCACUUUGGAGACAUGACUCACGAGGAGUUCAGGCAGAUCAUGAACGGCUACAAGCGCAAAGCAGAGAGGAAGUUCUUGGGGUCCCUGUUCAUGGAGCCCAACUUCCUGGAGGCGCCACGUGCCGUGGACUGGAGGGAGAAGGGCUACGUCACGCCCGUGAAGGACCAGGGUCAGUGUGGGUCUUGCUGGGCCUUCAGCACCACCGGAGCUCUGGAGGGUCAGCACUUCAGGAAGAGCGGCACGCUGGUGUCGCUGAGCGAGCAGAACCUGGUGGACUGUUCCAGGCCCGAGGGCAACGAGGGCUGCAAUGGUGGUCUGAUGGACCAGGCCUUCCAGUACAUCAAGGACAACCAGGGCCUGGACUCUGAGGAUGCUUAUCCUUACCUGGGAACCGAUGACCAGCCGUGCCACUACGACCCCAAAUACAACUCUGCCAACGACACCGGAUUCGUCGACAUCCCCAGCGGCAAGGAGCGCGCUCUGAUGAAGGCCGUGGCCGCCGUGGGACCGGUCUCUGUCGCCAUCGAUGCCGGCCACGAAUCUUUCCAGUUUUACCAAUCAGGAAUCUACUACGAGAAGGAAUGCAGCAGCGAGGAGCUGGACCACGGUGUGCUGGUGGUGGGUUACGGCUUCGAGGGAGAAGAUGUUGAUGGCAAGAAGUACUGGAUCGUGAAGAACAGCUGGAGUGAAAAGUGGGGGGACAAAGGCUACAUCUACAUGGCUAAAGACCGAAAGAACCACUGUGGAAUCGCGACAGCAGCCAGUUACCCUCUGGUCUAACGUUUGCACAGCUGCACUUUGUAGCACCAUAGCGUUUUUAUUGCAGAAGUUUGGCUGGAGACGAGAGCCGAGGCUUCGUCGUGCGACGCUCUGCGAGGACAAACCCUGUUGUUUUUAGGGAAAUGGCGCCUUUUUGUUUUGGCUGUUUUAAUGCCACUUUAUGAAAAAGAUUUUAGUCAAGUGUUUUAUUCUUUGUAAAUAUGUGUAUGCUACUCGGUAAGUGAUACAUGAACACUUGCUUCGGUCAUUGUAAAUGAUUUUUUUUUUUUUUUUACUUUUACUGUGAUCAAUUAAAGUUGUGAAACACUA